AUGCACUUUACAUCUCCCGCUUGGUGCCCUCAGGCAUUGAAAGCCCCGACGGAUCGCCAAAACAGCGAAACAUCACCAUGUCACCCCUCGGGGGCGUCUGGGCCCCCGUGGCCCUGCGCGUGCUGCGCAAGCACUUGGUCAGCAACGCGCGGAUGGCCACCAAGAUGCUGCGCUCCAAGCUAUCCGCCGCCACGCGCCCUCUGAACGCCCAACUGCAGCCCGUCGCCGUCCGAACCGGAAACGCCCGUCAGCCCGUUCACCCGGCCGCAUGGUUGCGCCAGCAGAAGCGCGCCGGCGCCGGCAGGUGGUUCUCGUCCGCCAACCUCCCCGCAGCCGCCGCCCGUCGCUUCCUCAGCUCCUCCCACGGCCCCGCCGGUCCAAAGCCCGCCUUCCGCUUCGAGCGCUUCAAGCUCCCGACGUCGACCGUCUCCCGCGCCGUUAAUCAGCUCACCGGGCGCGCCCCCUUCGCCUCCACCCUCCGCCCCAACCUCACCGGAGGCACCCUCGGCCGCACCGCGGGCGGCUACGGCAUCCCCGGCUCGGGCCGCGUCGGCGGCGUCCGCUACUUCAGCCACACCCCCGCCGCCCCGGCCCAGGUCGUCCAGAACGUCAGCCAGGCGAUGCGCGCCUUCUGGCUCUCGGGCCAGCGCGCCCGCUUCGACGGCGUCGGUCCCCGCGGCGAGAAGCGGUACCGCGCAGUCAGCGCUACCCAGGAGGAGGCCCGCGUCAUGAUGGCCAAGGCGAUGCUGGCGCACCGGCACGCCCCCGGCGCGUUUGUCGACUUCAAGAUCAGCCCCACCAUCACCGCGCUGAGCCCGCUCGGCGCGAUGCUGCCGUUUGCGGGUGGAAAGGAGCGGGCCGCCGCCGCCACCGCCGCCGCGACGCUCCAUGCCGAGGGCUUCCUGGACGUGCUCGCGGUCGACUUUGCGCGCGCGCUGCAGGACCUGGCCGCCAUCAUGACGGACCUCAAGCGCCUCGCCGGGCUCGGAGACCUGCCCGUGUACCUGGAGAAGGACGGCGUGCUGAGGGUGCGCUUCCCCGGCCUGGACGCCGAGGCGGUUGAGAGGCUGUGCGACGACGUCGGCGUCAGGCGGGGCGUGGUCGGGCAGGAUCCGGACUUGGACUCCAGCCCGGCCGUCGACGUCGCCCUGCGCUUCCCCUUCGCGCCCGACGCCGUCUGCGACCGCACCGUCACCUCGCCCGGCGGCUCCCUCCGGUCCCGCCGAUCCGGGUCCUCGUCGUCCUCGGACGUCGAGGACGCGUUCAUCGUUCAAGAGUACGAGGAUAACCCCUGGCGCCUCUCCGUGGUGUCGGAACUGGAGGGAUACGAAAGCAUGUCGUCGCCGUCGCCCGUCUUGAGCCGCUCGGGCGAGCACUACUCAGACGACUUCGAAGGGUUAGAGGGUAUAUACCGGUUCUUAGAGGAGUGCGAUAGGGCUCGAGGACGUUUCCGGUGAUGCUGGAGAUGCUCUGGCGGAAAAUUGGCGUUGCGAGAUGGGGUUAUGGGGUUAGGUCUCAGGACUGGUAUGGAAAGGGGACCGUCACUCUUUUUCUCUCUCUCUCCUAUGUAUUAUUUUUCCUCUUUCUUCCCCGUAUCUGCAGAUAUGUACUGUACGUUGGACAUAUAGCGGUAUCCGCCGGUUGUUCAGGGCUAUCAGUGCCCAGCAGCUCGCUAUAAGGCGAUGUCAUGUGCGACAAACAGAGUGCAAUUUCGAUCGAUUCUUCCGAGUUCGACUUAGUAGUAUCAAAUCGUAGCUGAGAGAGAUACAGAAUAAAACAUGUUUGCGAUUGAAGUCUAUCAGGCGGCGGUGGCGGUGGCGGUGGUGAUGAUAGUGGUAUCGGGGUCUGGAGGAGGGAAGCGGGAGGGGUUCACGCCGAUGGCCUCCUUGUUGCUAGCCGAGGGACUGGUGACAGGAACUGGUUGCUGGUCUGGACUGGGUUGUGACUGCAGCCGUGGGCUGUGCGUCGGGAUGGAGUCGUCGGCAUUAUUGAGAGCUUGGACCUCGCGCCGGCAGGUUUCUCUCCUGUUCCGCUGGGUGUGCGGUCUCGCUCAUGGCUGGAGCGACUCCAGCCAUGUUUUUCGCGGGACGUGGCCGGAGGGGAGGAAGACGACGGCGCGGGAGAACGGGAGACGACCGCAUUCUUAUCCGGUUUAUCCCCCGUGCACUCCCCUGCGGCAGGCGCCGCUGGCGAGCAACGGGGAUGUCGUUGGUGGUUGAUCUCGACGACGUACGCGUCCUUGUUCCUGCUAACGAUAGACGAUACCCAGGCUGCAAAGACCAAUGGUUUGUUCUGCGGUGAGCUCGCGCGGGAUACCA